AUAAUAAAGAUAAUGCCAAAAUAGCUUCAUCAUUAACAGAUUUUGAUUCAGCUGACCGAUUUAAUACCAAUGGAAUUAUAGAACUUACUACACCUCCUAAAUCAAAUAUCAUCCGUAAUAAACCAAUUUAUUUCCCUUUAUUAGAUUCUUUUGGAUAUGACAACAUUGUUGAGAACAUCGA